AUGGUUGCGUGGUGUGUAUUUCAUUACCGGCUUCCAACUGCAGAUGCUUUGGCACGGCGAAACAUUCCGGUAAUCACAGAGGUGUGUAGUAUUUGUGAGACUAAUAUUGAAUCGGUUGAUCAUUUGUUUCCAGGAUGUCCGAAGUUUAUGGAUGUGUGGCAACUUGUUUUUUCAUGGUGUCGUGUUCCGAAUUUCUUUGCCUUCCAUGCUCGUGAUUUACUAUCCUACCAUCUGACGGCAAAGAGUGGGGCUCGUGUGAGGAAAGCGUUUUAUGCGGUUGUGUUGACGACUUUUUGGAGUAUAUGGAGAGCUAGGAACGAUCACAUAUUCAAUCAUAAACAAGUGUCGGUCCGGAAAAUUAUGGAGGAAAUCAAGGUCAUGAGUUACUUGUGGGUGGUAAACCGUUCAAGAAUGACAGAUAUGUCUUGGGAUUCUUGGGGUAGAUUUGACGCAAUAAAAAUGAGGUAG